GUCGCCAGUACUGGUACUACUGUUGUUGAAGGACAAAGUGCUCGGCCUCAAAUUCUCUCUCACACUACCUAUUUGUCGACUGAACCUACUUCAUAAACACGACUAACCUGAUUUAUAAUCGACUCGAGAAGAGUGAUAACGGAACUGAUUUCCGAUACUUAUAAUCACAUAUCUCGAGCUGAGCUUGCUCAUUACCUGGCAUACAAACAAGUUCUCUCAGACUAUCUUGCAUUAUGGCAAAUAUCACGAAGCCUAGCCCCGCUAAGGGCGCAGACCCAAUAUUACUCACACUAUUUGCGAACCGCUUCAUGAGUGUCGCUGAGGCAAUGGGCAGGUCUCUGCAGCAGACUUCGAUAAGCACGAAUAUCAAGGAACGUCUUGACUUCUCGUGUGCACUCUUUGCACCCGAUGGCGAGCUGGUCGCCAAUGCGCCCUUCAUACCGAUCCACCUCGGAGCCAUGAGUUUUGCGGUGAGAUACCAAAUGAACCUGCACAGCAAGAGUUUGAAGGAUGGAGAUGUACUCAUGACCAAUUCUCCACGUGCAGGAGGAUCGCAUCUUCCAGACAUAACUAUUAUUACACCGGUAUUUUCACCCGAAAACCCAGAGGAAAUAAUCUUUUUCGUCGCUUCUCGUGGACAUCACGCUGACGUCGGCGGAAUUCUCCCUGGUUCGAUGCCCCCGACUUCCGUCACGAUCUUUGAUGAAGGCGCGGAGAUCAUCAGCUUCAAGAUUGUCAGCGGAGGUGUAUUUGAUCGGGACGGUCUACACGAGCGUAUGAUUGAUAUUCCCGCUCGCUAUCCUGGCAGCUCUGGAUGUAGGAAUAUCAGAGAUGUCGAGAGCGAUAUCAAGGCGCAAAUUGCCGCAAAUCACAAGGGUGUACAGCUUAUUCGGAUGAUGAUAGAAGAAUAUGGUCUUUCUACUGUGCAAGAGUACAUGUACCACAUUCGUGCAAAUGCGGAGAUAUCGGUGAGGAACUUGUUGAAGGCUGUUGCGAAGCGGAUGGGGACAAACAUACUUUCCGCAGUCGAUUACCUUGAUGAUGGUUCACCCAUUCAAUUGCGAGUCGAGAUCAAUGAAGAGGAGGGUUCUGCAGUACUUGACUUUGAGGGCACCGGACCUGAAGUGCGCAAUAAUCUUAACACGCCCACUCCUGUCGUGCACUCCGCAGUCAUCUAUUGCAUGCGUGCCAUGCUCGAUAGUGACAUCCCGCUCAACGCUGGUUGUCUUGUCCCUCUCGAUAUCAAAAUACCGAAGAAAUCACUGUUACUCCCCUCGCCGACUGCAGCUGUCUGUGCGGGCAACGUCUUGACAUCUCAGCGGAUAGUUGACGUCGUGCUCAAGGCAUUCAACGCUUGUGCAGCAAGCCAGGGCUGCACAAACAACUUAACCUUUGGUGCCGGCGGGAAGGACAAAGACGGAAAAGUUUCCGCUGGCUGGGGAUACUACGAAACAAUUGCAGGCGGCUCGGGUGCUGGUCCGGGCUGGCAUGGAACGUCCGGUGUGCACACGCACAUCACCAACACGCGUAUCGGCGACGUCGAGAUCCUUGAGCGACGGUACCCUGUGCUCUUACAUCGUUUCGGUCUCCGAGAAGGCUCAGGUGGAGACGGUCAGUGGAAGGGGGGUGACGGUGUCGUGAGGGAGAUCGAGUUUAUGCACCCAUUGCAGGUGUCGAUCUUGUCUGAGAGACGCUCGCGCCAGCCUUAUGGACUCGAAGGUGGUCACCCAGGAGCAAUGGGUCGGAACGUCUGGGUCAAACAGCUUCGAGAAGAAGACGGGGAUAUAAACACCCAGCCGAAUAGAGAGCCUCGAAUAAUCAACAUUGGCGGGAAAGCGACGAUAUUUAUGGGGAAGGGUGAUAGGCUCUUGAUUGAGACGCCAGGUGGAGGUGCAUGGGGUGCUCCGUCUGGUGAGAGGGAUGGUAAGGGAGUAGUAGGGACUGUAGUGGAAAAGGUGAAGGAUACGGUAGAGUGGGCGGUGAGAGGGAGUCUCGCGGAGCGGGCGGCGGCGCAGGCUGGGUUUUAA